AUUUAGUGCCUUGUUGCCCCCCUUUCAUCCCGUUGUUUCUGUUUCGUUUUUCUGUAAAUCGAAAUUGCAAACGAGGUCCUGUUAUUAAACGUCCCGCCAUCUCAGCUUACCGGCCCUACCUACGGAGCACGGAGUACCGAGUCCCUAGUACGAGUAGAUAGCCGCUGACGGCCAACCGCCAUCCCGCUCAGCCUCAGUCUAUUAGCUUCAGGCCCAGGCUCUCGACCUCGCAGAUCUCCCGGUGCGGGCACAGAAAACAAAGAGGCGUCGUCUCUCUCUCCGUCUCGCACACGUCUCCUGUUUAGCAUUCUCGAAUUUUGAUCGCCUCUGCUCUGUCAACCAUCAUCGUCCGCCACAUUCCGCCAACAACCAACCCCUCUGUCGACGGCUCUCGACCGCUGCAAACGUCGGCACCAUGGCGCUCUUCGAGAUUGACCCCCAGAUUCUCCCGAAUCUGAAGCUGGGUCUGCACUCGUUCCAGAUCAUUCUGGGCUUCCUGGCGUGGUGCUUGGAGAUUGCUGUCUUCCGCGGCGAUACGUCGAGGAUUGUGGGCUUGAACGGAUGGACCUUUGCAGUGUGCUUCCUCUCCAUCCCCGCAUGGAUCUAUCUUAUCAUGACCCCUCGAUUCGAACGCACUCGCAGAUUCGCCAACCCAUAUGUCAUGCUGGCUGUCGAUGGCCUCUUCAUCAUCAUCUGGCUUUCUGCCUUUUCCACCCAGGCAGCCUAUAACAGCUCUGGCCAAUGUGGUGGCAGCUGUGGCAUCAGCAAGGCUAUUGUCGCCGCCGGAGUCUUUGUCACUCUCCUCUGGAUUGCAACUGGCUUCCUCAGUGCCUACACCCUGCAGUACUACAACUUCCACGGCACUCUUCCCGGCUACGACAGCCGCAAGAUCGGCGGUAGCGACAACAUCGACCCUGACAAGGCUGCUUUCUCCAUGGCGCCCCACGAUGAGGAGGCUUACGAGCGAGUCAACAUGGAUGACCACGAUGCCCCAGGCUACGACGACCACCACACCAGCAUGAACAGCCGCUACGGUGACAACACCCCCUACAAUGCCGACGACUUUGAUGACCCCAACCGCUACGGUGCUCUCCCCCCUCGAAGCAACAGCAACCCCAUUUUUGACAGCGAGACCGAGUACCACGGCAGCAACCUCGGCACCGACUUUGGCAAACACAAGACACCCUCGCCCGGCCCAUACAGCGGCAACCACUCAGACACCUAUGCUGACGGCCCGGUGCAGUUCCCGUCUGCCGACUAUGACAGGAUAGAGCACUGAAAAGGGGAAAAGCACAUUGGCAGGCACAAAGACAAAGAUAUACGACGACGGUAGCGGGCACUAUCAAUGACUUGGACAAAAACCAAACCAAACUAAAUAACCCUGGGGACGGUCUCUGGUGGGCCUGGAUGCUUGUGUUUGCUUGGGUAGAAUAUCUCUGCGGCGUUGACGGCAUCCCGAUUUUUUUUCCUCUUGUUUGGACAUCUGCAACAUGAUGAAACGUUGAUGAGAUACCAGGUGUAUAUAGAACGGCCGGAAACUGCACACGAAAUGUAAUUUGUAGUUCUUUUUCAUUUUCAUUUUCAUUUUCUUGUUGUAAUCUUUGCAUUAUCAAGAAAAUAUCGUAGCUGAGAUUCCAUUUCGGAAAUGCUGAAGAAAAGUAAAUCCUUUCCGUCUUGAUAUUCAAAUAACAUCCUCCCAACGCCGUGAUUUAAAAUGCACCGUCUUGGUCUUUGCAUCCCAUAUACAUUUGCUGGAAACAGAAACAGGAACCCAGUAUGAAUCACUCCCACAUCCGUGUUAUGCUCUCACGCCCUCAACUUCUUCAGUCGCUUCGCAAUAUCCGCCGCCGUCUGCUGCAUGGGGUUGAGCUUAGGAUCCCUCGCCAUGGCCCUCGUGUCGUCUCCGUACUUGGCGACCAGCCUCUCCAGCCACUCCGUCUCGCGCUCGCUCAAGUAUCGGACCUUUGGCGGCGCCGGGUUCUUAGCCUCUUCGAUGAGCGACUUGACCACAUCUGUCGUGCCCACACCGUCGUCAUUAAUACCGCCCCAUUCUUCGUGGUCGUCACCGUUGUCUUCCUCGCCUGACGACUCAAUUUCGUUGAGAGGGUCGUUGAGGGGGUUCGCCUUGCGGCCUAGGAUGCGGACAAUGUUGCCUUGGGCGUCGCGCUCGACCUUGGCCUCGGAGAGGAGGGCCUUUUCAGUGACGGUGAUGGCGAAGGGAUCGGAUUUAGAGGUGGCCACGACGGCGUCCGCUGAUGCUGAAUUGAGCUUCUUCUCAGUGCCGCCGGUGGGGGUCUUUAGUCGUGCGAGGAGGCCCAGUCG